AUGGACAGCAAGACCUCAAAGCCCGUGUACGUACCGGCUACAACACGUCGAGAAGACGCGCCCCCAUGGAUGCGAGGAGACCAAUACAUCAAGACGGGUUAUCGACGCCAAUUGUGCAGCGCCCACCGUUGCCUCCUCUCCCUCCUCUACCUCCACAAUGAAUUUGUAAACGUGUGGUCCCAUCUGAUACCUGGCAUAAUCCACACCCUCCUCCUCGCGCGAGAAUGUCGCGAAUUUGCCAAACAAUGGGAUGAAGAGCGCUACAUGGACCAGAUGAUUGUCUGGCAGUACAUCCUAUCAUGUAUUCUCUGCCUUUUAUUCUCUGCCGGCUUCCACACUCUUACCGCACAUUCACACACCACAGCAACCCGCUGGCUUAAAAUCGAUUACUUAGGUAUCAUUCUCAACACAGCUGCCGGCUGCACUGCAUCCACGUAUUUCGGUCUGCGACACCAUCCCACCCUCCAACUGUCCUACAUCACAUCUUCUGCGCUCCUUGCGCUUAUUCUGUUCAGCAUCAUGCUCGCGCCAGGCGCAGACGGGGAGGCUAUGAAAAUAUGGAGAUCGGUUCUCUUCGCGACCUUCUUUGCUAGCGGAUUCGUGCCUAUGCUGCACGCUUGCAUCAUCGACGGCGUCGAGGUCCUGGGGCUAUUCCCGCUUGCACAUGCGCUGGGCAUGGGGGCUUGUUAUGGCACAGGAGUUGUGUUUUACAUCACUCGGUUCCCAGAGAAAUAUUACCCUGAGAAAUUCGAUAUAUGGGGUGCGAGCCACCAGAUUUUCCAUGUUGUGGUUGUGAUGGGGCAGAUUACAUUUAUCACGGGUUUGAGACAGAUGGUUGCGGCGUUUAGUCCUGUGUCUGCGCAGAUUGCGCAGGAGGCUGGGAUUGGGGAUUGGGGUUUUGGGCGCGGGGAAGUGGUGGCGAAUGUUUGUCUGAAUGAUGCGUUGUGGGCACCAUGA